AUGGGUAAAACUAGUCCAAUAGAAACAGAAAAACUAGUAACAGUAGAUAAACCAUCAAAAAUACGUAAUAAAUCAGCAAAAAAGAAAAAGUCCAAAAAGUCGAAAAGCCACAAAAAUCGUCAUAAACGUUCACCGUCGAAAAGUCGUUCGAGAAGUCCAACGACAAAAUCAUCACCGCGUUCAUCUAUUUCGAAAGAUCGUAGUCUAUCUAAAGAGCGUCAUUCAAUAAAUAAAACAAAAAAAAGCACAAAUCGUAAACACGAGCAAUCACAGCAACCAGUAUCUUCGUCGUCAGUUCAACAACCACAACGUACGAGUAGUGUUCAUCAACAAAAACAAAAUAAAAAGCAUAUACGUGCACGUCAUUAUGAAGAAGAAGAGGAUAUUUUGUCCGAUCGUUCACCACCCGCACGUUAUCGUCGAUCGAAAUCACGUUCGAAAUCACGAUCACCAACUCAUAACGACAAUUAUAGUGAUCGUUCAUCAAGAAGAUCAUCAAGAGGUCGUUCAAGUGAUUUCGACAGAGACAGAUCUGCUUCGCGAGAUUCUGUGUCACGUCAUCAUGGUAUUGUCGGUGGUGGAGGUUAUAAAAAUCAACUUCGACGAAGUACAAGUAGUAUGAAUAAUAUGUACCAACAAAUGCCAAAUAAUACUGCAAAUUUAAUGAAUAUGAAUCGUCGCUGGCCACAUCAACAAAUGAAUCAACGUGGCGGUCGUAAUAUGAAAAUGGGCGGCGGUCAAUUUAUGAAUCAUCAACAAAUGAUGAAUAGUAUGUCCAUGAAUUUAAAAAAUAAACAACAAAAUAACAAAUAUAAAUUGAACAACAUGAAUUCAAUGGGAAUGAAUCGUCAACAACAGCAAUCGCUACUAGGUGGUUAUCGACCAAUGAUGAAUAAACAACAAAAUUAUCGAAAUAAUCAAAUGUUUUAUAGCAUGAAUAACGCAAACAAUAUGGCAAAUAUGAUCCAAAAUAUGAAUCAGUUGAUGAAUCAACAGCAACAACAACAACAACAGCAACAACAAAAUGGCGGUGCAGGAAUGGUGCGAUAUCAGAAUCCAAAUAAUCCUAAUAAUCGAUUUUAUCAACAGUUUCAAGAUAACUAUAAGAAAAUAAUUAAUGGUGAAAAAGUUAGUAAUUUAUACCAGGCAUCAUUUCCCGUACAACAUAUACCACGUGAAAUGAGAUUUAACUUUCGCUUACUUGGACGAAAUAUAUUUACAGCAUCCGAUGAAGAAGAAGAAGCAGCUGCGUCUGAAAAGAAAACGAAAAGUAAAAAAGAACGAGUUAGUGAUGAUGAAAAUCCAAAAGAAGAAAGUGAAGACGAACGAAAGAAACGUCGCGAAGAAGAAGAAGAAGCGCAACAAGCUGCUGUUGCAGCUGGAAAAAAGACGCCAAUGAUUGUCGCAUCAGCAUCUUCACCCGUAUUGAAUACAACAAAAAAACAUCAUAAGAAACAUCAAAUGAAACAUUCAAAAUCACAACAUCAGCAACAGACAAUAUCACCACCUGUAGUACCACCUGAUUUUAUGCUAGAUCCAAAUUUAGAUAUGAAUUUAAUGUUAAAUUUGAUGAAUGCCGAAAAUAAUAAUAUAUUAAUGAAUCAAAUGAAUCCAAAAUGUGAACGUAUUAAAAAACAAGAGAAAAAAGUACAAAAAUUUAAAAAUUAUGCACGAUUUCAACAGACUCAUUCAGUGGGAAGUACAGCAACAAAUCCAUCUAAUCCGGAAGAAGUUGAGAAGAAAAUACAUGGUCUAGCCAGAAGAUUGCAAAUGAAAACUAUUGGUUUACAAGAAGAUUAUGAAUUACUUGGAAUUAAACGUUCUAGUAGUUCGAGUUCAAAAUCACAUUCGUCGGAUUCAGACACAGAUGCAAGUAAGAAAUCGAAAGAAAAUGGUGAAGAUAAAGAGUUAUAUAGUGAUAUUAGUUCAAAUUCGGAAAAACGUCGCGAAAGAAAAUUGAAGAAAUUGAAAAAGAAGAAGACGAAUGUUGGUGGAUCACCAUUGUCGAGUAGUGAUAAAGAACGUUCGGAUAAUGAUAGUGAUGGCAGUAUGUUAAAUUUAAAUGAAGAACUUAAAUCGAUUGGGUAUUAUGUUAAAGAUCGUGAAAGAAUGUUAAGUGAAAUGUUUCGAUGUGUACGUGGUACAAAACUUCAAGCUAUGCUACCUGAAGUAUUAAAGAAUCGUUUAUUAGACGAAAUCAAAGCAAAAUGUUUAGAUCAACUGGAUAUUAUGUCAAAAAAGCGUAUACGAGCAAUUUUGCAUGCUCAACAAAUGUCAUCGUCAAGUGGAACAGAAGAUAGUACAGACGAAGAAGACAAAGAUGUUUAUACUUUAUAUCCUCAUUUACGAACAUCGAUCAAUCCAGCAUUGGAGUCUCCCAUAGACAAAAUGAUACCGCCUGUUGGUACCCCGGUCUCUUCUGAUGUUGAGAAAAAACCUUACACUACAACCAGUAAAUUUCGUCCCAUUCAAAUGCGUGCGAUUAAUAGUAACACAGAAACAAAUAUAAAAGACGAACCCGAAGAACAUAUGUCAACAAAUGUUCGAAAUAGUUCAUCAACACCAGUUAAUAAUUUAUCAACCGAAAUGGCUGUCGAAUGUAUACGCGGUGAAGAAGAUAUUAACGACUACUAUGAAGGAUUUAAAAAGAUAAAAAAACUAGCAAAUUUGAGGCGUAUGGAAAAAGAUGAGGGUAUUCUGGAUGUAACAGCAUUUGAACCAAGCGGAAAAUUCUUGAAUCCGCAUGGUAAACAACCAAAAUUUGAAUUUAAACCAAUCACGGGACUUGGCCAACAACAACAUCUAACAAAAAAACUCUUGAGUCAAAAAGAAAAUGAUAUUAGUCGAGAAUUAGAUGAUAUGAUGACAAAUGAAGGUUUUACAUUACCCGGUCAACGUCCAGCAUCUGUAGCUGAAUUAAAACAACAACAACGAAUAUUAUUACCACAUUUACCGCCUCGUCAGUAUACAAAAGUGGUACAACCACCGAAAAAAGGUUCAUUGGGCGAUUUAUUGAAACAGAAAAAAGAUAAAAAUAGAAGUCCAUCACCAGCAGAUCGUAAAAGUCGCCAAUCAAGAUCAAGUUCAACGAGUUCAAUUGGUAGUAGAGGAUCAUCAGUACAUUCAAAUUUAUCAUUUGGUUCAUAUUUAUCCGGUGUAGAUGAAACAGAUAAAUUAUCAGUUUAUUCAGGCAAUUAUUCUUAUUGUAGUUCCUGCAAUGGUAGUCCACAUCAUGAUAAUCAGAAAAGAUCGUCGAAUGAUAUAGAUAAAUCAACCGUUAAUAAUUAUGAGAAUACAACAACAACAACAACAACAACAACAACUGAAGCACAUAUUGAAGAUUUUUCCGAUAUUACUGAUUUAUCUCAAAUAUUAGAUUUAAAUGAAGAAGAUGAACUAUUAUUGUUACAACUUGAAGUUGAACAAGAAGAACGAAAUACACGAAAAGAAGAGAAAAGACGUAAAAAAGAGGAGAAAAAAUUGAAAAAGAAAAAUAAAAUUGAAAAGAAAAAGUCAGUACAAAUUCAAUUGAAUUCUGCUAGUGAAUUGAUAACUACACAAUCGAGUUCAAAUACUAGUAUCGAUGUUGAUAUUGAACAAACGAUGAAUGAUUUAUUAGUAGAUGUUCUCGCACUAGAAGACGGUUGUCAACAAGAUAACAAUGAUAAUCAGAAUUUUGAUUCUUUGUGUCGUCUCAAAGAAGAAUCAUUAGAUGAUUUAAAUUUUGAUGAUGAAACAAGUUAUAGUGAUCGAUUACUUGAACAUACCGUUACAGAAGUGAAUGAUAGUCAUCCAAAUAUAAAUGUGAUAUCGGCAGUAAAAGAAGAAGAAUUCAAUAACAGUGAUGAACAUGACGCUGAUAACAAUAAUAUACAUGGAAUUAAGCGUCCUAUAGAGUUUGAUAAAGAUGAUCAGAAUACGGAGGAAGAAGACAGGAAGAAAAAAAAUAGGUUAGACUAA